AUGACAAACACAGACACCCCAUUGAGAGACAAAGCUCGCUUUUUUCAUCAUCUGGAGGCCAUCGGUUACUUGGCAGAUGAUGGUGACGACGAUUUUGAGGAAGCCGAGGAACAGCACAGACGACGUUUAAAGGCCUUCCAAGCCGCGGCGCAACCUCGUCAACCGUUACGAGAAACAUCACCAAUUGUCAUCGCUCCUCCUUCUCACCCAACUAAAACAAGGACGACUUCAGCUCCGACAUCGACCACACCGCCCCUCGCGGAGUUUAGGCGGAAGGACAUCAUCGAACGCACUCCUCUCGCCGAGAUCAAGGGCCCGGGAAGGAAAGAUCGAGGUGCAUCUCCAGCCGCAGACACCAGUUUUGUUGAGGACACUCCAAUUCCGGACUCUUCAUCCAGGCAGCCCCUCCAGCCCCUACCCACUCUCACAAGAAUUUCCACGACCCCGCUCCCAGCAAAGCGGCAUUUGCUUGCUCAUGUAGCGGACAACUCGCCGUCCAUCAUGGCCAUGAAAAAGAGAAAGAGGGAGCCGAGUCUCAAGCUUGUGCCGGAUGCGCAACAGGUCUUGCGCGGAAUGCGCCUCUACUUCAUCCCCAACGACGACAUCGCACCUGCCAGGAAGAUUCGUAUCAGAAAAUCACAGGAGUACGGCGCCACUUGGGUGAGGAAUUUGGAGGACGCGACCCACGUCAUUGUAGACAAGAAGCUGGAAUGGAAGAACAUUGAGAAAAUCCUUUCCUCUACAAAUGCUUCACCUGCAUAUACUGUCGUCACCGAAGAAUACCCGCUCGACUGUGUUCGGUUCAAGACAUUGUUAAACGCUGGUCAGAAACAAUACCAAGUGUCUGGAUGUCCGGAACACUCAUCGAGUUUGGCAGUUGAACAUCAGCAACCUCAACUUCCAGUGCUGCCACUACAGGACCGACCGCUUAAGAAGCGCCAAACCAAGCCUGACAAAUGGGACUACGCACCCCCUUCGACACCUUCACGAAGUCAGGAUUCUUCGGACAGAAGAAGUGAGCAACAGCCAGCGACAGGUUCGCCUCUCGCCCUGAGAGAUAUCACACCGGCCCAACAUUCAGAAGCCGGACAAACCUUGUCUGACCAGGCCCUCGAUGGGACUGGUGACCAUUCCUCUAGUCCAGCAGGAGGAAGUCCAGCUUUGGCACCCGGCGAUGAACUCGAGGGAGUCAUUUCCCAAUUGCAGAGAUAUAGGGAUCUGCCAUUGGAACGUGACGAAGACGAUCUGCAAAGUUCGGACCCAGUCGAGCCAGAAUCCGAACAUGAAUGCUCUGAGGAUGAGCGCCAGAGAAAGAAACAGUCUGUCACGAAGUCCGGCAGCAGGAAAGACUUGACCUGGGAAGAUAGAUUUGCCUGCUAUAAGGGAGGGACGAAAGGAGGCGACAAGACCAAUCCGAACAACCGCACCAUCGAGGUCUUGCAACAGAUGUGCGACUACUAUACGCGGACAAAUGAUACAUGGCGCCCAAUUGCAUAUCGGAAGGCCAUCACACAACUCAAACGACAGCCCAAUAAAGUUUCCACGGCCGAAGAAGCAAUCAGGUUGCCCGGCGUUGGCCAGAGACUCGCGGACAAGAUCGAGGAGAUCGUCACGACUAAUAGGCUCCAGCGCUUGGAGCAUGCCGAAAGUGAGCCUAUGGAUGAGAUUCUGCAGACGUUCCUCAAGAUAUACGGAGUGGGCAGCGUCCAAGCUAGCCACUGGAUUUCUCAAGGCUUCAGAACGCUCGGGGACUUGAAGCAAAAGGCCAAGCUGACCGCAAACCAACAUGUUGGCAUCGACCACUACGAUGAUCUAAACACUCGCAUCCCACGUUCUGAGGUCAAGCUUCUGGGAGCUGUUGUGAGGUCGGAGGCAGCAAAGUUGGACCCGGCGGUGCAAAUCAUCAUCGGUGGCAGCUACCGCAGGGGAGCAGAAAAUAGUGGAGAUGUCGACUUUUUGAUCACAAAAAAGGGCACCAAGUCAACAUCCGACCUCAUCUCGUUCCUUAACGAACUAGUCCGUGUACUGGAGUCGCAGAGGUUUCUCGUCGCCAGGUUGGCGAGCUCACGAGACGAGGGAGACGGUAGCAAGUGGCACGGUUGCUGUGUUUUGCCGAAAAUCAACGGCUUCAAUGAGAAAGACUACCGCAAAAUAUGGAGACGUGUUGAUUUCCUCCUUGUUCCUGAAACGGAAUUAGGGGCGGCGCUGAUAUACUUUACUGGCAACGACAUUUUCAACAGGAGCAUCCGGCUACUGGCUUCCAAGAAGGGGAUGCGGUUAAACCAGAGAGGUUUAUACAAGGAUGUGAUGAGGGGCCCUGGUCGGGUCAAAAUGACCGAGGGCGAAUUGGUUGAGGGCCAGGAUGAGAGAAAGAUCUUUGAGAUCUUGGGAGUUAAGUGGAGAGAGCCACAUGAGAGGUGGUGCUAG